AGGAAGUUUGUAAAAAGUUUCCUGAGCAAAAAAAGCGUGAACGACGUUGGGUAAGAAAGAACCAUAGUAUUUUGUUUCAUUUUCGAUAUCUUCCUAGGAGCAUUUGUUUGUGCUAAUAUGGUGUCAUUUCUACAGUUUACAUAUGACGAGGCUAUGCUUGUUGUAAAAGCACAUUAUAUCCAUGAUGCUUUGAGUAUGUCUAGUCUAAGUCCACUAGCUCAUACUGACGGAGACGAGUCUGGGGAAAAGAAAAAAAAGAAAAAGAAGAAAGACAAGGAGAAGAAAGCAAAGGCAGAAGGAGAGGACAAUGAUGACGACAACAAUAACAACGACGUAGACGAGGACGGAGAAAAAAAGAAGAAAAAGAAAAAGAAAAAUAAGGAUAAGGAGAAUGCUGAAAAUGAAGAAGACGGAGAGGACGAUGAUAACGAAUUAACAGCAGAAGAAAAGAAAGAUAAAAAGGAAAAGGAAAAGAAAAAGAAAAAGAAGAAGAACAAGAAUAAGGAUGAUGAAGAUGACUAUGUGUCGGAGGAGGAAGACGUCAAGGAAGUAAUAGAAAAUGAGUUAAACAGCGAUGGUAAGAUUGUCAAGGGAAACGCAGUGACAGAAGUGACUCCAUCGUUAGAGAAACUGAAUAUUGGCGGCGUUGACAAACCCGGAUUAUCAGAUGAAAGAUAUCAGCCUAUGCCUUCAAAUCGUUAUCAGCAACAGGCGAUACAACAACAACAACCACAGCAGCAUUCGAGUCCUCCUCUCUCAAAGCCCACACAGCAGGGCCAAAUCGGUCCCCCUAACCGAUAUCCUCAACAAGUUCCUCCUAAUUAUCAUCCUCAAACACAACAGCUACAACAGCAACAUCGCCCACCUCGUCCAAACAUGUACCAACAACAUCCUUCUGCAAUCGCGUAUAAUCAACAACCCAACAUGCACCCAUCACGUCCACCACAACAACAACAUCCCUCAUAUCAAACGCCACCUACACAAUGGCAACAAUAUCCUCCGCAACAACAUCAGCAAUUUCGUCCUAUGAACGGGUCACCCCAUCUCCGCCCCCUGGGUCAGCAACCGCAGGUUCAACAUCCAGGCAUCCCUCAGCAACAUCAUCCUGGUAUGACCAAUGGAGCAGCGGCUAGAGGAGGUCAACCACCACAUAUCAUCACUAAUCCUCAUCAACAGCAACCAAAACAGCCAACCGAUAGAGGAAAAAUUUUGAUGGAAAUUGGAAAGGAUAGUAGUGGUUUAAUCCCUCAAAGAAACUAAACUUCUCUCUACAGCAGCCUCAGUAAUGAAUUUGUGUCUGCGCGUCUGUGUUCGCUGUUUCAUCACCUAAACCUGUACUAUCCUCUCCAAAUACAUACACGGAGAGAGAGACGCAAAAACACUUAAUUCCGAAUUCCCUUAUCCCUUCCCUACCCGCACUACCAGUCUAUAUAUAUCUAUAUAUAUAUAUAUACAUAUAUAUACGCGUAUAUAGCACAUAUAGUCUAAGCGAUUUUGGAAUAAAGUAUUCA